AAGGCAUCUGACAAUGAGUUGCUUGCACACAGCAAAAACGCCACCAUUGCGGCGGGGGCUACUGCCCUGAACAGUAGCCACGGCUACUUUGAUGUCUUCGAAGAGGUCUCCAAGUACCAUGUGCAACUCAACGUCUUGGAGCGCCUUUGGGCUGCGUGGUAUCUGUGGUGGCAGAAUGACACUCUUGCCACAGGCAUAAUGAGCUUCGCCAUGCACGAGAUUGUCUACUUCGGCCGGUCCCUGCCCUGGAUCAUUAUCGAUGCCAUACCAUACUUCAGGCAAUGGAAGAUCCAAAACCAAAAGAUCCCGACGGCCAAAGAACAAUGGGACUGCACUAUGCUCGUCCUGCUGGGCCACUUUACCGUUGAGCUCCCCCAAAUUUGGGUAUUCCACCCUCUGGCUACAUACUUCGGCCUCGACCACGGCGUGCCGUUCCCUCCGGCCUGGAAGAUCGCCAUGCAGAUUGCCAUCUUCUUUGUGAUUGAAGAUCUGUGGCACUACAUGUUCCACCGCGCCCUCCACUACGGUCCUCUAUACAAAAAUAUCCACAAGUUGCACCACACCUAUUCAGCACCCUUUGGUCUCGCCGCCGAGUACGCCUCUCCUAUCGAAGUGAUGCUUCUCGGUUUUGGCGUUGUCGGGACUCCAAUUGUUUGGACAUCCAUCACGGGUGACCUGCACCUUUUCACCAUGUACCUGUGGAUUGUUCUCCGGCUCUUCCAAGCCAUCGACGCUCACAGCGGCUACGAUUUCCCUUGGAGCUUGCGCAAGUUCUUGCCCUUCUGGGGAGGCGCCGAUUUCCACGAUCUGCACCACGAGCGCUUCAUCGGCAACUACGCAUCCAGCUUCAGAUGGUGGGACUGGGUUUUCGACACUGAGGCCGGCGACGAGCCCGCAAAGAAGAGGCGAGAGAAGAAGCUUGCAGCCCUCAAGGCUAAGAAGGCCCAGUAG